AUGUAUUUUUCAGUGAUAAUUAUCUUUAAGUUAAUUUCAUCGAUAGUCUCAUUGACUUUGUUCUGCACUAAUGACACCCGAAAUAGUUUAGUGGACACAGUGUUCAGCGCUAAGGGAAUAAUCUAUGCCUUUCGUAAACCAAAUGUUUGGUUAAUUGAGAAGAAUAGGGCACACAAUUGGUACCAAAUCGGUGAUGCCUUUAAAUUACAAGAUUUGUUCAAAGAUUUUCCUCACAAAAGCUUUGACGGCGCUAUAGUGAUGACAGACAUUGUCCGCUGUAACGACUCGGUCAUUGACUGUCCGUAUUCAUCACCAGAGUUUGAUCCGUCGAACAUAACGCUAAUAUUUUUUGGCGAAAACUUUUAUAUCUAUCGGCGCAUCAAUGAAGGAUUAUUCACUCGUUAUGAAUGGGGUGACCGACAAAACACGACUAUUCCGUGGAAACUCAAGGAAUCGGAGAGUCUAAGUAUUAAAAGAUUGUUUGCUAUUGAAAAUGAUGUCAAACGUAUUGAUGGUGCAGUCUAUAUGAUGCCCAAAGACAUGAAUAGUCCGAUCAGAAAAUUGGGACUUUUAUAUAAAACACAAGGAUUACAAAAAUUCAAAGAAUACAAUAUCGGUAGCGAAUCGUUGACUCAAAAGGAGUUUAUUUUGAAUCCCGGAUUAACUGGACAACCGAUGGGAGGAAUGUCGCCAUUUGCUAAAGACCUCACUUUUAUAUCCGAUAACACACUCUACUCUUUAGAGUUGAAACACGAUUUUCAAAAGAAAUCAAUGCUUUACCCAAAAAAUAAAACAGCCUGGCAAUUUUUUAAUUGCGAUACAUUAAAAGUGGAAGAAUCAACUCUGACUACAAAUACCACAACCUCAACAACUAUUCAGAUGAAUAGCACUUCUCAAGAAACGAAUACAACUUCAACAACAAAUUCAAUGACAACUUCAACUACAACGAUGGCGGCUAUAACAACAACUAAGUCAUACAUACCGAUUGAAACAGAGAAGCAAAUCGGACAGAUAGACAUAGUUGAGUUUGACGAGGACAGGGAGUAUCGCCGCAAUGUCCUCACUCUUACCGUACGGUAA